AUGUAUAUCAACGCCAAAAUAUCGGCGUCACUGGCUCUUGCCAGCCUGUCCACCAAUAAUACUUAUGAUUACUAUCAGUUUUGGUCUGCUUACGUGCCUUGUGGUGCACAAUACUUGGAUGCUGUGCAGCUGACCCUUGAACAGAUAGAUCUUAUUAAACGUUUGGCCGAAUUACAUCCGGAACAUCUGACUCUUGUGACGUCCGUCAAAGCCAAAACUGCAGGAGAUGCAAGGAGCCCGUGGAGCGCGGCCGGCGUCGAUGCCUGGAGGCGCGUCCGCUGGCCCGUGCGGGCGUGGGCGUGGGCGGUGGGCGUGAGCGUGGGCGGAGGCGGCGGAGUGUGGGGCGGGGAGCGCACGGGCGCGCGCUCGUGGCGGGCGCUUGAAUUAUGCAACAGUAAUCCCAGAAAUCGUUAA